GUGCGUAAAUGAGCGCAUGCGCAGACGCUGUGAGCGCUCAACGAAAGCUGGCUAGUUUGCUAGUGUUAUCUUAUUUGUUUGAGUUGUUAGACCUUUGCUUCUUACUUUCUAACACAGCGCGAACUGCAAAAUGAGCAAAUCGAGUUUUAAAUCGGUUGGCGGUGGAAGUACAGAUGGACUCGAUAAGGUUGACAUGUCUUUAGAUGAUAUUAUCCGGCUGAAUAAGAAGCAGAAUCAAUUCCAGGCCCAGAAGUCAAAGCACAGACUUCCGGUGAAAGGUCGCUUCACCCAAGGGAAGAAAACUGGGCCAAGAGCAGGAAUGCCACCUAAAAGAGGAGGUGUUGUGAGCAAAAGCUUCACUCGAAACCGCAAGCUUCCUCCCACGGUGGCCAGGCGUCGUGGGCAGGGGGUCAUCACUGGUUUAGCUGCAAGAAAAAAUGCCGCCCUGCUUAAAGGGAUCAGUCCACUCAACCGACCGGCCCAGAACAGACCCGCUCCGAACCGACCGAUGCCCAACAGUGCAGCUGUGAACCAGAGAUCUCAGCCAUUUAUCCAGCGACGACAGAUGCAGAUCCAGAGGAGACCAAACAGACAGAUGGACUCUCAGAAACCUCAGGGCUCAGUUUCUUACAGACCCUUUCGGCUUCGCAGAAAAUGGAAUGCUCCGACUGCUCAGCAAACACAGAGAGAAGCACGUCAGGCCACCUUUCUCUCCAGAAGAGGACUCAAAGUUCAUGCACAAGUUCAGAAGACAAGCUCUGCUCAGCCCACACAGAGAACUCGCUUGUGGCGCACUCCUACAAACAACAGUGGCAUCCUCACUGUGUCAAUAGACAACCCCACAGCUAGAACACAGCCCGAGCCUGCUCAGUCCUGGUCCCUGCACCCCGAGACUCCAGCACGCUCCUCACCUGCUCAAGAGGAGCCGGAGAGGAAGCCUCCUAAAGGUGUCGCCCUGCAGUUUGAUAUCAACAGUGUUGGCAAGCAGACCGGCAUGACCCUCAACGAGCGGUUCCGCAUCCUGAAGGACCAACGUGUGGCAGUAGCACAGCAGAGCAGCAAAGGAGGCCGAUUCGUCACUGUGGCCUAGAGCUGAACUCUGAGACACUGGUCACGUGUCCCUCUGUCCCUGAUCACAACAACAGUCCUACAGGACAGAACAGGCAAACAGGGACCUGAGCUGAACUAACACUGUUCCUGACUCAAAUCGAUUAGCCCUAAUGGAGGAGACUUCCUCAGAACGUGGAUAUGCUGGUUUCCUGGAAGAGGAGACGUUAGGGAAGUGACUGAUUUUCUGUUUUUUAGGUUCUUUUUCUAAAAAGCUGCCAUUCUGUCCUCACAAAGCAAGCAUUACCUGUUGUCCCUGAAUUUCAGUUACGUUGUGUCGUCUCCUGAGCCGCCCUUGAUAUGUGAUGGCGUCCUGUUUUUUAUAUAUGCCUAAAGCAGUUGCAGCUAAAUGAGUUGAAACAUUUCUGGAUAGACUUUGUUUUUCAUGAAACGGUUGUAUGAAACAGAACAUUCUUUUUGUAGAGCAAAAAAGACGUUUUAUAAUAUUUCAAUUAAAAAACAACGUAUUGUGCAA